AUGCUGCCUCAAGCAAGCCCUUCUCCUUCAGACAAAGUGAAGACGCUGGGUCCCCUGGUCGCUGGAUUGGCAUCCGCAGCCUGGGAGCAAAUCAAGAAGUUCGUGAACUGCCUGGACGACAACGGCCUGAUGUGUCCGAUCCUGAUUGGCGACAGGUGCGAUUGCCCUUCCGGAAGCUCCGUUCGGUUCGAGAACGGGGGAUUGAACUUGAGGUGCGUCAUUGGCAAGUCUGCGGGAUUUGGCAUGGGCUACGGCUUCAAGGCCAAAUCUGGAGGGAAGUUCGGCGGAAAGAAAGCCGGCAAGCUGCAGCUUCCCGGUCAGAUCUUCGAGGAGAAGAAAGCGGAGGCCAAGCAAUCUUUCAAAAAGAAGAAAGGUGGCUUGAAGAACAAGAUGUCGGGAGCUCCCACCGGAUCUUGCGAGACAAGUAUCGACAUGGCCAUCGAGGGGCAUGUGCAGAAUGCUUUGAUCAUUGGCAUGCACACCAAUGGCCCCUUCACGACCAUCGACAUCUCAGGAGGCGUCGGUGUCUCCCUGGACGGAAUGAUCAAAGCCCAAGGCAGCUGCACAUUGACGGCCGAGAAGCGCUUUCCGAAAGUACCCAAGAAGAAGGUGAUCUGCUACAAGGCCUUCUGCAUCGUCCUCUUUCUCCAGAUGGUCGCCCAGCUCGAGAUCACGGGUGCCCUUACUGGGACCCUGGAGUUGGGGGCCGAGGUUGGCUUCGACAUCGAGGGUAAGAUCACGGUGGACAAGGCCACGGGCGAGGCCACUGCGGAGUUCAAGGCCCCAUCCGUCGACCGCCAGGCGGCUUUUGCUAUGGGCGCCAGUGCCUUUGCCUCCAUUCGCUUGGGCGCAGGACCCUUCAUCGUGGUCUAUCCGGUCCCGGGCGUGCCCGUGAACUUCAAUCCAAUGGUCAAUUUGGAAGUCAGGGCGCAAGGCGACAUCAAGUUUGGACCUGUCGGCGUCGCCCUGAUCCAGGAGCCCGACCUGGAGUCGACAAACAGCAGCGUCAGCAUGCUGGAGGGGAGUGAAGCCGACGAG